AACAAGCUAACUACGAUCGGCCUGAAAGAAAUGUCAGAUAAACAAAAGCUAGAACUUUCUCAUUUAUAAAUGACCUUUUAAGAUAAAAAAUGAGAGGCUUUUAUGCGAAAGGUAAGUAGCUGAGUCAAGCAAUCUGAACUGUGUUGGUCUGAGUAUGCCUGACAUAAUAAAUCCCCACUUUCAGCUCAGUUAAGACUCAUUACCUUAGGUAACAAUAAUCACCGAUGGUUCUUCUUAUCUGCAUCAUCGUAAAAUGAAAUUUGUGAGAUCUGUCAAGAAUUUCCUACGAUUAUCAACCUUAAUUUUUUUUUGACGUCAAGAAUGAAACAUCUAGAAAAAAAAUAUGACACCACCAGAUUUUUCUGAUUCUCCGGGAGUUCAUCAAAACAAAUGAAAUUAAAAAUAGUCGUUGGAAAGUGUUAAUUACGAUUGCAUAUUGCUUUGUACCACAAAAAGUAUUCUCGUUGAGUAUCCUUAAGAAGUAAAAUUUCCUAAACACCAUUUUAGAAAAGGAAAAACAAUUCGCUUCUGAUGGCGCCAGUUUUAAUUAACCGCAUUGACACUAAUGUUAGUAUCCUUGACAAGAGGAUGUGAUAAGCACGUAAUAUAUAGCUGCUAACCCUUCUUACUUAAUUAACAGAACUGCCUGCGGUCCAUUUGUCUUCAGGUGCAUAGGCAGGGAGGAUACGCAGUUCAACAAAUGAUUUCUGUGAGAGAAAACGACUGCAAGGAACCAACAUCGUCAACAUGGAAGGAAAGGCUCUCGUCAUUUGUCUCCUUUGGGCCGGUUUCGUUGCAAACAGACCAGCAGCAGCUAUGGAGAACAUGAAAAGUGAGUCCAGAGAAACACACCUGCCUCCUUUGCUCUUGAACAAUCAAGUUUGCAGUGUUAACGUACCAAAUUGUGCGUCGUGUCUCGACCACAGAACAUGCCAAAGAUGCCAGGACGACAAAAUUUUGCUUGAAAGUUAUUGGGGUGCAAGCUGUGUGGACAACUGUCCAGACGACUUCACUGAGAUACGAACUGAGGACAAUGGCGUCAUCUGUAGAACAACCAAAGGAUGCAGCAGGAUACUGCAUUGUUCCCAGUGUGAGGAACAGUUUGAUGACAUUUGCGACAGAUGUGAGGACGGGUAUCUACUUAUGCAGCCAGGGACUGGCGCCAAGGUUCAAUGCGUGGCUUCGUGUCCCGCUGGGUUUGUAAAACACGGGACAAGAUGCAAGCCAGAGAUGUGCGAAGACUUCUUCUGUUCUCGCUGUCAAGAUGGUUGGGUUCUGCAGUACAAACAAGGAACCAAGUGCCUGUCUAACUGCCCAUCCGGGUUCUUUAGGAAAGAAGACAUGUACAACGGUCAGCCGUAUUGUGAAAUGUGCAGAGCAAAUUGCAAAAGUUGUCAAGACUCGUACAAUUGCGACGUGUGUGAGAGUGAAUUCUACCUCAUCAAGGAUGUUUUUUCCAAGUGCUUACUCAGUUGUCCAGCCGGAUUUCUUGCUGGUUAUAGUCUGGACUCUGGUAAAGUGUGCAACAAAGACACACGUGGUUGCCUGGACAAAACAUGCUCACACUGCCAGGAUGGUUGGUAUCGAGUUCGUAUCAGGAGAGACUUCCACUGUCGCCAAGAAUGUCCACAAGGAUAUUUUGAGAUUGAGAGAGAGGGGAAACCAAGGGUUUGCGGACGGUGCUCGUAUAACUGUCAGAAAUGCUUAAGUCGCCGGGAGUGUAAGAAAUGUAAGGAGGGCCUUUUUAAUGUUGUGCGAGGUGGUAGACUGUUUUGCGUUUGGCACUGUCCUCGAGGAUACAUUCCUCAGGAAGAUGAAGAGAAAUCAUGUGUGAAAGCAAAUGACAAUUUUUCUGGACGCUUAUAAGCUGAAGGAUGAAACAGCCGCAGUCAUCACUUUCAUGUGGAUUCUAGAACCAUCUCCAUAUCUUUAUUUGCAGUUUUUCACAAAAAAGCGUCCUGCGAUGGUUGGCUGUUUGAUUCUCUUAAUGUUUUCGAUCAUGUAACUCUUAAAUGGACUUUUUACUCAGUUUGCCUCACUAUGUAGAGUCACCAUUGCAUCAAAUGUUAAACGGCACGUUUCAAUUUCUGAACAGCUUGUCUUUGUCAGGUGAUGAAUCAAAUAAUCAAGGGUCACUAUUUGAAGAUACGUAGCACUUUUUUUUGCUCUAAUCGGCCCAUUUUGAUCUUUGCAUUGUAUAAUAAGGAUCGAAAUAGGCCAAUGAUAACACAACUAAACAAUCCUCAUUUCAGCGCAGUACUACUUGGUGAAAGUGACAUUUUUGAGACCUCAUUACCACUCGGUCCAAACUUCGCCAUUAAACAACUAUUUUGAUUCAGCAUU